AUGCACCGGGUGGUCUCCAACCAGCGCUCCGUCUCCUCCUCCUCCGGCUCCUUCCAGGCUCCCCCGCCGCCUCCCCCCGCCGCCGCCGGCGGGGAUCUGCAGCCGCUCUUUCUGGGCGGCGGCGGCGUCAGCAGCACCAGCAGCUCCAGCGGCGGCACCCGGAGGGGCAGGCGGGGCUCGGUUUCCAGUUCGGCCUCGACCCGGACCCGGAGCAGCAGCCGCAGCCGCAGCAACAGCAGUAGUAGCAGCAGCGACCGCAGCAGCGAGGACGAGGAAGGCGAAGCGGAAGAAGCCAAGCCGCUGGUGCCGGCGCAGGAACCCGCCUCGCCGGCGGCCGUCGUGGCCAUUCCCCCCGCCGCCGCCGCUGCCGCCGCCGCCUGUGCCUCGUCAGGCUUCAGCAGUUCCUCCUCGUCGGGCUGCACCAUGACCGCCGGCGAGCUGUACGGGGCUCCGCUGGCCGGGCCGGAGGCGGCGGCGGCUGCGGGCCCGGCGGCCGGGCUGCUGUGGGCGGGGGGCUUCGGCGGCGGGCCGGCGGGCCCGCGUUGGGGCUACCAGGCGCUGUCCUUGGUGCUGCUGCUGGGCCAGGGGGCGCUGCUGGACAUCUACCUGAUCGCCGUCACCGACCUGUACUGGUGCAGCUGGAUCGCCACCGACCUGGUGCUGGCUGCCGGCUGGAGCAUCUUCUUCUGCCGCAACAGCCGCGCGCGUCGGCGGGAGCGGCCGUUGGGGGCCGUUGGGGGCUACCCGCCGCCGCCGCCCUUGCACCCGCUGCUGGGGCACGGCCCGUACGGCGGCAGAGGCGUCGGAGGCGGCGGCGUCGGGGCGGGCUCGGGGAGCAAGGCGGGGGCCGCUCCGCGGGGCGGGGACUUCGCCUACGCCCACUUGGCCUGGCUGAUCUACGCCAUCGCCUUCACGCCCAAGGCGGCCCUCAUCCUGGGCACGUCCAUCCUGGAGCUGGUCGAGCUGCGCCUGCCGCUGGGCGCCACGGGCUUCCGCAUCACGCUGGCCCUCUCGGCCCCGCUGCUCUACUGCCUCCUGCGCGCCAUCAGCACGGAUCCCGGCGGCGGCCAGCUGCUCCUGCCGCCCCAGCCGCCCCCCCAGCACCGCGCCUCCGCCGCCUUCCUGGCCACGUGCUUGGACCUGCUGGACAGCUUCACCCUCCUGGAGCUGCUGCUCCUGCAGCCGGGCCGGCCCGCCUUGGCCCUGCCGCCGCCCGUCCGGUACGUGCUGAUCGCCGUCUAUUUCUUGUGCCUGGCCUCGCCCGUGCUCUGGCUGUACGAGCUGAGCGCGCCGCGGGCCCCCGGCGCGGGCCGCCUGGUCCUGCACUGGCUGAUCCCCGCCGGACUCCUGGAUGCGCCGCUGCUGGCCCUGCGCUGCCUCCUGCUGGUGCGCUACCAGCAGCCGCUCUCCAUCUUCAUGCUCAAGAACCUCUUCUUUCUGGCCUGCCGGGGCUUGGAAGCCAUGGAGACCUGCUACCUUCUCCACUCUGCCAGCGGACAGGGAGGCAAGGGCAAGACCGUGCCCGUCCUUUCCACAGGCGUCGGAGCUGGCCAGCUCAGUCACUGCAUCUCGGAGAACGACAUGGGGCCCCAUGGCUACGUCAACACAUUGGCGGUGACUGCCCAGAGCUGA